CGACACCAUGCGAUUGUUCCCAAUUAUCAAGGAUGAUGUCCGCAUGCGCCUCGACCGGUGGCUAAAAGUGAACUUCCAGCGCCCGCAGAGCUUCUUCCAGCGGCAUCUACGCCAGAAACGGAUCUUUCUCUUUGAUGCAUCAACGCAGCGUCGCGUCAAGGUCGAAGCAAGCUUUGUCCUUCCAGACGACGCCAAUCUACGCAUUGGCAUGACUCCUGCGCUUUUCCAUGAGCUCACGGAUGGCGGCGUAUGGAACAAGCUUCCCUCCGACACCAGCAAACACGACUUGCCACCCGAGUUAGCUCUCCCAAUUCUGUUUGAAGACGAGUUCUUCGUUGCACUGCACAAACCAGUUCAUCUCGCGACGCAGCUUGGCACCGGCAUGACCGAUUCCGUGGCAUCCCGCUAUCUCCAUUACAAGCUCGUGCAUCGUUUGGACAAAGAAACGUCUGGCGUGCUGCUUCUCGCUAAAACCCGGCUUGCCGCCGCCGACAUGGCCACUCUCUUCCGCGAUAACAAGGUGCAAAAGACGUACGUUGCUCUCGUGCACGGGACACCUGCGCUCGGUCGUUCCGGUGAAAUCGACGAACCCAUCGAUGGUCAACCAGCUCAAACGUCGUACAAGGUAUUGAAGCCCACUCAUCCACGACCCGAUCAAGGCUCUUGGACGACUACAUGGUUGGAGCUCCGUCCUCACACCGGGCGGAAGCACCAGCUACGCCGUCAUUGUGCCCAUGUUCUGAAAGCACCGAUUGUCGGAGACCAUCGAUAUAGCGUUCCUUCGCCGCGGAAGACCCUCCACGAGAUGGGUACCACGCUGCAAACAUAUCGUGGCAGAAUGAUGCUGCAUGCGCACCAACUGUCCUUCGUCCACCCUGUGACGAAGGCGCGAGUGGUAGUGACCUGCCCGGAUGCAACCUUUCCCGACCCCAAAUCGCCACGAUAAAAUGGCACUUUGGUUCGUCCAGCCAUCAACUCGAUCCCGUUGCUCGUUUGCGCUUCCUGUCGCACAAUUGCUGCGAGUCCAACAUGCUUGGCCCCUUCUGCUUACGCGAAGACGACUGUCGACGCUGGGCAGCCCGCAUGCGACUGACGCGCCGGCUUUCAGCAACAUUACCACCCUCGCGACCAAUUCAACUGAAUUUGAAUUCACACAAAUGUGUGCCC